CCCGCCUCUCUCAACGGCAACCCCGCCACCGCCACCAUCUCCCCUCCCCUAUUUGGGACGUUGCCAAUUUUUGUGAGCACACUCAUGAAGAAGCGUUGCAGAGCCGAAGGGCCAUAUUAAUGUCGUCUAAUAAUAAUGAUAACGGAAAAUGUAAGGGAGACAAGACGCUUCACUAGUUCCAACUCUCUGCUAUAAAAUACCCAGGUUGUGAUCUUCCCCUCCUCUCGUACUACAAAAGCAAUGGCAUCACUGGUUGGGAAACUACUACUUCUCAUCGUCGUAACAUGGCUCGCUGGCUUCGCCGGUGCCCGAGGACCCUUCAUUGAAACGGCGCUGAAGAACGGGCCGGGGUUGGCUGACUGCUGGAGCGCGCUGCUCGAGCUUCGGUCAUGCACCAAUGACAUAGUCUUGUUUUUUCUCAACGGGGAAUCCAACCUCAGUCUUGACUGCUGCCGCGCAGUGCGCGUCAUCACGCGCGAGUGCUGGCCUACGAUGCUCACUUCUCUCGGUUUCAGCGUGCAUGAGGGUGACGUUCUGCGUGGUUACUGUGACGCCGAGACCGAGAUUUCUCCGGCUCCUCACAACCAAUUGCCCCCAGUUGCUGCACCUAUAGCUACUGUUUAGUGUGUGUGUGUGUGUGCGCGUGCGUGU